AGAUCUGGCUGAAGAAUGUGGAGACCAGUGCAACAAUGUGUGCUGUGAAUAGCUCAGACACUACCUGGCUACUACGACCUCCAAGACCUGUGACAGAAUGUGAUCAGCAAAGGCCUCGGCUGGAAGCAGCUGAUGGGAGUCGAGAUAUCAUUGCUUCUGUUCAGUGCAUCUUGGACAGAGAAAAUUACUUUGUGAGGGAGGCGGACAGGUAUUUGAGGCACAAUGAUUUCUUAAAUCUGAGAAAGAAGGAGAUGCUUUACAAGAAAUGGCUUGAGGAUGUUUCAGAACCACUGCUGCAGAAAAUUCAGGACAAAAUGGACAGCCAGUCAAGCGAAGAAAUACGGAAAAGGAAAGAAGAACAACAUUCUCUCUAUUUAAACUACCGCAAUAAGAAGGGCUAUGUGACUCUGGAAGAUUAUGACCCAUCAGAGUACGAUCCGCUCUUCCUGACGACGCGUACAGACUGCUGGAAGGUUUCAAUACCAACUUUGCAGGAUCCUCUGUUGGAAGGCAUUCAAAGAAAGUUUGCUGAGAUGGGCGUUAUCAAGCAGUGUGAGACAGGAAGACCAUACUCCUCCAGAGAGCUGAAGGAACUCAGCAAAGCAGAACUGCCACUGCUUCCUUUGAGCCGGCAACGCAUGGAUGCAAUUGAGUGGCUGAAGGUACCACACAGCUAUAUUGCUAGUGAGGUCCACCAAAAGAAGAGGCAGAAAGUCAUCAGCCACCACAAAGAUGGCAAGAGCCAAUGAUGUCACCCUGUCCUCCAGCUGACUGAAGUGACAAGCCCAGCCAUCAGAAGGUACCACUUCCAAAAUAUGCUACAUCUUCUGCCAAAGCAAGUGAUAACGGGCCAGGUCUUCUGGUAAACUGCAAUAAACUCAUUGUCUUAA